ACGAAUAGUCCAAGAGCUCACCAAUACAAAAGACGUCGAAUCAUACUAUUAAUUAAUAUAUCAGUAUAUCGGGACAGGUGCUGGCCGCCACGUCAGUCAGUCAGUCAGUCAAUCACACACACAAAGCACAGAAAACCCCGCCCUCUGAUUGGCCCGAGCCGGCACGAAACAGGCAAUUACAAAGUGAACAACGUCAUGGAACGUAGUCGCAAUAUUUGCUGCUUGCGCGACAUUGUAAGCCUGGACGGCGGGGGGGUCUGGCAGCUAAUUUAGGGGCCUGUUUUGCUGCCAUAUUACCCACGGGGCCAGUCGUCGCGCAUAAAUAUCUUACCUGAUAUCGAAGGAAAUAUAGAAAGCCACCCCUCAAUGAAGAGAUGUAUUGUGUUCUUGGAGAGUACAUGCAUAAUGCUAGGACGUAUAAAAGUACACAUAUACGUAUACAGUGUGUAUCUACAUUCUUUUCCGCAUUCCGUUUCGUUUGUCGUUCGAGUGGUAAACAAAGCACACUGGGCAUGGAAACAAAGCAGAAGCGUCGAGAGAACACGAAUCUAUAUAUAUAUUCAGUCAGUCAACCAGUCAACCAGUCAAUACACCACCACCAACACCCUACCUACGUCCCAUCCCACCCAACCAAACACACCAUCGCCUCCACACCACACCACACACCACACCACACCCCUCGACCCCAUCCAAACCCCACCCAACCUCCUCCAAACCAACCAAACCAACCCAAAAAAAUGCGCCCAAUCCCCCUCUCAAUCCCAAUCGCCAACCUCAUGUCCAUCCUCCUCCUCAGCGCCCUCACAGCCAGCCUCCCAACAACCCAAUCCGCCUGCGCAGCACGAGUGGUACGACGGUACGGAAUCUAUGCCGCGACAGGGCUAGAAUUGGGACUUAGAUCCGGGGCUGCUGGACACGUGGACGAGGAGGACGAUGGGGUAGUGCGUGCGAAUGGGGGGAACGGGGACGGGGACGGGGCACGGUGAUGGAUGAGGAGGGAGGAUGGUGUUGUGGUUUUUUUUUUUGGGGGGGGGAUGAAUUUACGAAUGAAGAGGCGAAUGGAUAAAUGAACGAAUGAAUGAAUGAAUGAAUGAAUGAAUGAAUGAAUGAAUGAAUGAAUGAAUGAACAAAUGAAUGAAUGAACGAAUGGCGAGGCUUGAGGGAGUGAGUGAGUGGCU